UAUUGUCAUGUGAUUCAUUAGCUUCAGCAUAAAUAGCCCACUGUUGGUUCUAGUCUAGUGUCUGGUUAUUUACCUGUAUGAUCGUGUUUUCUGCUGUCAUGGCUACUGUGAAGACGAUCCUCGCUGUCCUUUAUCUGCUUCAAUACUGCUGUUUGGGCUCAGACAUGAAUUGUAAGCAGGGAGAAGCAUGCACACCCAUCCAGGAAACCACACAAGUGUUCUGCGAGUGUCACAAGAUUUUCCGCGGUCCAUCAUGUAAUGACUAUGCAGAUCUUGAAGAUAAAAUCAAUUAUAUGGUCUAUAAACCAGUCCCUGAUCUGCCAACAAUUUAUUUCAGUAUAAAGGAGCUAAAGGACUUCACUAAAGAAAUAGUUGAGUCUGUUCGACGUGACAUCCAGUGGACACAAAUCUUUGUGAAAUACAGUAAUGUGACUGAGAAGUUUCGAAACAUCAGCACUCUGCACACACAACUUAAAAACUAUACAAUUACCCAACGCCAAUAUGUUUCUGAAGUUGGAGCUCAGUUCACAGGGGGAAACUCUUUUCAACUUUAUCUCAGAAACUUUCACCACAUGAUGAUGGGCACUGGAUUUGGAGAAGGGAUUCUGGAUAUUUUCCGUAAGUCACUGGUCCAGGACUUACAAAGUCAGACUAGUGAGCCAGUAGAGUGCACAAAAUACUACAGUGAUCAGAUUGAUUAUUUUGUGCGCUACAUGUUUGCUCUUGAAAAGGAAGCGGUUUUAGCUUGGUCAAAAUAUCUACUAGUCACUGGAAAAUCAGAGAACAGUAAUUCACUCGAGAAGUUUUUUCAGGACUAUGUCUCACAGCAGUGGAGACUCUUCAAUAAAAAUGGAUGUGGCCCUCUAAAGGCCGGGGAUCUUCUGAACAGCCACUGUGAGAAGCUCUACCACAGCACAGCCCAGCAGCAGGUGAAACUGAAAUGUGGUGGAUCAUACAAGCCCUUCCCCGAGAUCGAGGUGUGCUCUGGAGGACAGUGGAGGGCCUCACCUGUGUGCUACAAGGAGCAGGUUAACGGACGAGUCGAGUGCAGAUCUGAAGGUGGAGCCACUGUCUGCAAGGCCACAUGUUCAUCUGGCUGGGGCUCCGCCACACACCCUGAACCAUCCGAGUACAAAUGCUCACAGCCGCCUUGUCCAUCCUUCAUACCACACCAGUGUAACAACUGCACACAAAACAGCGUUUGUAAGGACAAUGAGGUCUGCACUGGCACCAUCGGCACAUGUCGUGAUGUGUGUCAAUUUAAACCCAGCAGCUGCAGGAGUCAGGUCCUCCAGUGGGUUCAGACCAGAGAUGUGCCCAGCAAUGCUGUUCUUUCUAAAACUCAACUUGCGGUGUGCAAAGCCAUUGGACCUGACAGUGGGUGGCACAGUGGAUUUGUGCAGGAUCAGCGCUGCAAUUAUGAAUAUAACGGGGACGCGCAUCAGGCCUAUAGCUAUGAGGUUCUGGUUGAUCCCUGUGGAGGAAGAGGUUGGAAAUGGAUGGAGGGGGAACAGGGGAACAUGGUCUCGUAUGACGAAUCGAAGAGGUUUCCAGGAGUCAAAUACUUUGUCUGUAGUUUGAAGAGUGAUGGCCUUGUUGGGAAGCUUUUCAACACGCGAUUUGGUUUUCAGUGCCAUAUUCUCAGGAAUGGAGAGACAAGACAUGGAAGUUUCUAUGCUCUGGUUCCACAACCAUGUCUCUUACCUUUCAGUACUUAAGUUUCUUUAGUUAAUUUUUAUCCUUUGGGUUGGUGGAGGUGCUGUAUUCAUCUUUCGGAAGAGACUAAAUAUAAACCCACAGAUGAAAAGAAG